AUGGACAGAGUCGCACAACCCCCUGUCUCUGUGUUCACCAUAGGAGAAUAUGUUGAUUAUUCAGCCACUGUCCCUCUGCCGGUAAAGAAAAAGUGGAACCUGAGGGGUAAUCAGAUUUUUAAAUGGGUGCUGCUAAUCUUGGCAUUGAUAGCAAUAUGUGGAGCAGCAGCUGAAAUUUUUAUCCUGAGGACGAUACAGAACAAACUAGAAGACACUCACGAAAUGGUCGAAAUGAAAUUGGAUGCACAGAUAAUGAAUAAGGAGCCAGGUAAACCACAGGUUGUACCAUCAGCACAUAUUACAGGAACUGAAGAUCUGACCUCAGAAAGUCUUCUUCAUUGGGAGCCCAGCCAAGGCUUAUCAUUUCACUACCAAGUGGGAUACAAAAAUGGGUCACUACUUUGCAUAAAAUCCGGGCAUUACUAUGUGUACUCAAAGCUUCAGCUUGGAUCUCGGGAAUGCAGCACAAUAACUGACACAUCUGCCUUUUAUUCUCACUACGUGUCCAAAAAAUCUUCAAACUCUGAACAUGAAGAAGUGCUUCUGGAAAACAGCAGGAGGUUUUGUGAAAUCCAUGGGAAAGCCAGUUGGAAGGGAAGCAGCUACUUAGCUGGCAUUUUUUUUCUUAACCAAGGUGAAGAAAUUUAUGUAAAGAUGUCCCCAAAACAUCUUUUACGAGUUAAGGAUGGAACCACUACUUUCUUUGGAAUUUUCAUGCUGUAG